GAUUCACAGUCACUCUUGCAAAGCCAGAGUAAUAAAAUGCUGACCUCUCAAAGUGCUGCCAGUAUCCCUGUCUCAGCAUAGAAGGCUGUACAGCGAGAGAGGAGAGGGGAGGGGGAGAAGGGAGAGGAGGGGAGAGGAGGGGAGAGGAGGGGAGAGGAGGGGGAGAUAGGAGAAGGGAGUGGAGGGGAGGGGGGUAUAGAAAAAAGAAAACCGGUGGGAGGGGAUAGAAAAAAGAGAAACACCAUUCUCGGGUUCCAACAGCAGGCUUUGCCUUGUAGAGGGCUCCAGCACUGCAACUCUGUGAAGAAAGUGCCCUGCUCUACCCCAGGGGUGUGUGGUGUGUUUGUGACUCUAGCUAGGAGCCCAGCCAGCCUGCAGAUAUGUCAAAAAGCGACCCCCGGGACAUCGACGAGGAUGCCAUCCUCAAAGGGAUGAGCCCUGAGGAGAUAGAGACGCUGGAGUGUGAGCUGCUGGAGAUGGACCCCGAGAAUGCCAUCCUGCCAGCCGGGUACCGCCAGCGUGACCAGACCAAGAAGAACCCAACGGGGGCGUUUGACCGUGACGCUCUGCUGGAUCACUUAGAGAAAACAGCUCUGGAGCACGAGGACAGGGACGACCUAGUGCCUUUUACUGGCGAGAAGAAAGGGAGAGCGUUUGUUCCUAAGGAGGGCCAUGGAAAGAUCCCCGACCAUGAGCAGAUCACCCUGGAGCCUGAGCUGGAGGAGGCUCUGAAGAAUGCCACAGACGCUGAGAUGUGUGACAUUGCAGCUAUUCUGGGAAUGUACACACUGAUGAGCAACAAGCAGUACUACGACGCCUUGGGCACCACUGGUACCAUCGCCAACACAGAGGGCAUCAACAGUGUAGUAAAACCAGAUGCAUUCAAGAUCUUCCCAGACGAGCCCCCCAACCCCACAAACGUGGAGGAGACCCUUCAGCAGAUCCAGAAAAACGACAGCAGCCUGUUUGAUGUCAACCUCAACAACAUCAAGGACAUUCCCAUCCCAACUCUGAAAGAGAUCUUUGAGGCGAUGAAGGGCAACACCCACGUGGAGUAUCUGAGCAUUGCCGCUACCCGUAGCAACGACCCCGUGGCCUAUGCUGUUGCUGAGAUGCUCCAGGAGAACACCACUCUGCAGAGUCUUAACAUCGAGUCUAACUUCAUCACCUGCGAGGGCAUGAAUGCCAUCGUCAAGGCCAUGGCCAACAACAACACACUGACAGAGAUCAAGAUUGACAACCAGAGACAGAAACUGGGGGACUCCUGUGAGAUGGAGAUUGCCACCAUGUUGGAGAACAACUCCAGCAUCGUAAAGAUCGGCUACCACUUCACCCAGCAGGGGCCUCGGGCUAGAGCAGCCAUCGCCAUCACCAAGAACAAUGACAUGAUUCGUCAACAGAGAGUAAGAUGAGAUGAGAGUGGAGCAACGAGAUUGCGCUCACAAGACGCUAGCCUGUCAAUUCAGCCCCUUGGACCUAACAACUCAAACAACUGCCAUUGACAGCUUUGCGCUAGCUUUGUCAAUGGGGCGCAACAAACCCUCUGUGCUCCUCACAAGGCCGGGUGUUCAUUUCUAUGUCUGUGUCCAAGCUUUCCAUUUCAUUAACCACAAACAGCUUUUUGUAGACCAUUGAAUUCAUCAUAAAAGCAUUGUAAAAAAGUGUUGUAAAGUGUCGUUUAUGCUUCUAGACUGUGCCAUGAAAACACACUCAGAAAAUGACUGAACUCCUACAUGGUGGUGGUGCUAUAUCUAGGAAAGGAAAUUCUGUAAAUACUUUAAAUAAAAUGUUUAAAUAAUUGUUUUAA